GAGGGUUCCCGCAACUGGCGGCACACAAUAGAAGCCGCCGGACCCCUCCAGGUGUCGGACCGGAGGUAGGAACUGGGAGGCCAUAGGGGGGGACAAUGGCAACAUCUUGCCCUAUCAUUGACAAAUUGACACUGGCACACACAGUUACACAUAGGACACAGACACACACACAAAUCACUUGCACACAUUUCCACACAGAGAAAACGGACACACACUCUCACUGAUUUGAUAUACACACGACAGGCAUACUGAUUUGGGUGUUGCCACUGAAAGUAAUAAAAGUGAUAGGAUUUAGCGAAAGCAGUACUAUAUACAUGGUGCAAAACAAAAAUAUGGAACGCUUCACGAAUUUGCGUGUCAUCCUUGCGCAGGGGCCAUGCUAAUCUUCUCUGUAUCGUUCCAAUUUUAGUAUAUGUGCUGCCGAAGCGAGCACAAACUCCUAGCCCAUCCAAGUGGUAUAUAUAGCCUGACAUUUCGAAUACAUUAACCUUCCGGUGAUAACUAUUUAUUUCUAAACGCUUUACAUACAUUACUCAUUACGGUCAAAAAACUUUCGCCCAUUCCAAUCAAUUAAUUAUUUUCCAGGUGUUCUUUAAAAGCGGUUUGAGUUCGGCGAACGUGAAUGAACGUUCUGCCGCGAUGCAUGCCGGGAAUGACAAUAUGCUAAUUGCCUAUGAGGUCAUCGGUGUGCGCCGUGGACGGUCGCCUGAGCCUGAUAGAUAUUGAAUAGCACAAGUCUGUAUGUUUAAAGAGUUUCUCUUUACAUGCUUUUUCUUACCUGUUUCACGUUUCCAUCUGAUUUUUUACUGACUAUAUUUUAAUAACACCGUAUGUAUCGCUCUGAUUCCCACUGCUGCUCUGUUUCACUGUAUCCAUGUGUGUGUGAAUCACUAGUUCAUUGUGAUUACCUUUUUCCUGUUUUCAUUUUCCUCUCUAUUAUAAGAGCUUUAACCAUUCACAUCAACCUUCCUGCAUUGCUUCUGCUUGUUGAUUCAAUUUUUCUCAGUUAGCCAGAUUUAUAUUUCAUAUUAGGGACAUCUUUGUUUAUGUGCUUUCUUCCUUCACUCAAUAAACCAGUCUGUGAUUAUCCCUGGUUCUGUUGCAGGAUUAAUCACUAAGGUGAGAACGUUUGAUAUUCACUUAGAAUUAAUACACUCUACUGAAUAGCCUUGCUGGUGCCCUGGACUGCAUUUUAAGUAAUAGUCAGUCAGAUUGGCUGCCUGAGCAUUAUGGGAAACUUAGUUCACCAGCUCAUAUAUUCUUCUCUUUCUUAUUGUUCCCCCUUAACACAAUCAUUUUGCAUUUCUUAUUGCCUGUCUUAACCUAAUAAUUUUGUAUUUUAGGUGCUUAUAUGUUUCUAAAUCUAAGUAAAAGUUCCAGUAUAUAAACGUCUAUAUAUAUUUUUCUCUAUAAUUACAUAAGCUUUUGCCACAAUGGAUGUGGCAUACAUAUGUGAGUGGGACCGGCGUCCUCGGACCAAUCAUUGCCCAUCUAUCCCACUGGUGUGCGCCUGGUCAUGUAGAAAUCUGGUUGCAUUUACCACAGAUCAGCGCAAUGAGGAGGAGAAAGGUACAACAUCUGCCUUUUUUAUUUUUUAGAGAUUUAUAAUUUUAUUGUUCUGCAGUACAACUAGAUCAUUGUUGUUUUGUAAGCCAGGGUUAUUCAGUAGACUUAAAACUGACCAGGAAUUCACAUAUUUAUAUUUGGAUACAAAUACUAGAUUGUCCCUGUUGCAAGAUUUCACAUACUCUCAAAUAAGACAUGCAAAGCGAAUGACAUGCUUGUUUUAUUUGGUGGUAUAUCUACUAAACUGUUUCAAUUAAAAAAAUAAAAUAAAUAUGAAUGUAAUGUAUUGAAGUGGAUAUCAUUAAUAAUUAUUUACUGGAAUAAGCAUAUGCUUAUGGUGCAAUAACCCUUUACCGGUGUGUAAUUUAGAUGACUAGAGAUUUUGAUCUCUAAUUGUUACUUGGUGAUAUGCAUAGCCCAUUUGAUGUAUAACUAUUAAUUUAAAUGGAGCAUUUUUGUGCAGAUGACAGAGUUUAUUUGUAUGUGUCAUUUCUCAGCAAGACCGUUUUUGAUAAAUCUUAUCCUUUUAUUAAAGGACAUCAUAUUUUCAGAUCUCAUUUCUUAAAAGUUUGUUACAUUUAAUAAAAAGCAAUUUAUUUAUGUUUUUUUUUUUCUGGUGUUUUUUUGAGAAAAUGUCACUGUGACCAUGCUGUUAUCUGGUCAACUGCUUCUCAAUCUAGGCAGACCAGUUAGGUUGAGCAGCAGUUGGUCAGAUAACAAUAGAGAUUGAUCAAACAUGGCUGCUUAGUUUAAAAAAAAAAAUAUUAUUUUUUUUUAAUACUGCAAUUUUCUCAAUAUGUUUUCUCAUAUACAUUAUUUAAACAAACGAAUCACUGUUUUAUUAAAUGUAAUACAACUUAAAAAAACAAAGUGAAAAGGAGAGAGUUGCCCUUUUAGAUAUCCUAUUUCAAGGGUAUUUAACCUUUAGCAUGUUAUGGACUACAUCUCCUCUGAUGCUUUGCCAGCAUUAUUACUGUAAGAGUAUUAUGGGAGAUGAAGUCCACAUCAUCUGGAGUUCCGAAGAUUGUCUAGCCUGCCACUCCCCUGUUUAUUCACAUGAAGUAAAGGCUGUACCACAAGACAAUAUAUAAAACACAAAUGUAUCAGUAAGAUGUCUAAUGAAUGUCUUGCCUUACACAUUGUUUCAAGUACUACUGGCAGAUUUCCUGAGCUGUCAUUUCUUUCAGAUCUCACUCACAUGAUUCACAUACUGGAUACAGAACAUCCAUGGGAUGUUUAUUCAAUCAACUCAGGCCAUCAAGAAGUUAUUACCAGUUUAGAAUGGGAUCAGUCAGGUAUGAAAUGCAUCUAGCUACAGAACUUGUAAGCGAGUGUGUGUGUUUAAGGGACACUCCACUGCCAAAAUACGUAUAUAUCCACUGCCAAAAAUAUGUAUUUAAAAACAACUUGCAAAAGCUGCAAUAUUUUUGAAUACAGCAUUUUCACACCCCCCUCCCCAACUUUUUCUCCAGCCCAGACCUUCUGUGGCUGUUCAGUCACAUACUUCCUAAUGCAGCUCAUUUAGUAGUUUGUGCAAGGCAAGUGCUGUGAGCAAUUGCCUGUGUGUUGCUUUGAGCACCACUGAGCUAUACUACCAGGAAGAAAAAGUACCAGUAGUCUGACAGCAAAGGGGUGUAACAAGGUUAAAUUAUCAAAGUGCUAAUUUGAAAUCUGCACUUAUUGUAAAAUGGAAAGAGGGCACACUCCUCCCACAUAAAGUACUUCUGCAACCUUAACUGCUUUAGAUGUUUGGAGUGUUUUGUUAAAGCUGCUCUGUUACUUAUGAUGAUCUUUGCAAAGACCCCAAAGCUGACAUUUUUGCUUUGUGUGUGAGAUCCAUGAGGCGAAACCUAAGGUAUAUAUUCUUACCUGAAGUUCUUCCUUGUGGGCAAUGCCAUCUUCCUUCUUCAACUCCUUGCACUUCAUCAGCCAGGAGCUGCGUCAGUGCUGUACUCUCACAAAUAUGUGAGUGUGUAACACAGGCUUAUGGAGGAUUAUGCAAGACUGCAGGGUAAAUCUAUCGAUGAUCAAGAUUGUAUGUAAUAAUAAAGAGUGUAAUGUAGAGCAGACACGGUAUACUUAAGUCCCAUAACUUUUUUUGUACUUUCAUUGGAAUCAUAGGAUCCCGUUUACUUUCGGCUGAUGCAGAUGGGCGAAUUAAGUGUUGGGGAAUGACUGAUCAUUUGGCCAACAGCUGGCAGAGCCUGGUGGGUAGCGAAGUAGAUGGUGACCCUAUUGUGGCUCUCUCCUGGCUGCAUAAUGGAGUAAAACUGGCUCUACAUGUUGAGAAGGUAAGCCAAGAAUUAUAAAGUAUUAGUCAAUUAAAUCAUAAUUCCAUGCCACAUCUUAUAUUUCUAUACUUUUUAUCGGUCACUUCCCAUUAAAUUGUUUUUCUCUUAUUAUGUGGUAAAUGUUUUGUUUUUACCUUUAACCUUGCAGUCUGGUGUCUCCAGUUUUGGAGAGAAGUUCUCUCGUGUCAAAUUUUCUCCAUCCCUCACUUUGUUUGGAGGGAAGCCUAUGGAAGGAUGGAUUGCAGUGACGAUAAGUGGCUUGGUAACAGUAUCUCUGCUGAAACCCAACGGUCAAGUGCUUACAGCAACAGAGAGUCUGUGCCGACUACGAUGUCGUGUCGCACUUGCGGACAUUGCUUUCACAGGUGGUGGAAACAUUGUUGUGGCCACUUGUGAUGGGAGCAGCACAUCCCCUGUGCAGUUCUACAAAGUGUGUGUUUCUGUUGUGAGUGAGAAGUGCAAAAUUGAUACAGAGAUCCUGCCUUCCCUUUUCAUGCGUUGUACCACAGACCCGGGACGUAAGGACAAGUUCCCUGCUGUAACACACCUCAAAUUCCUAGCCCGAGAUAUGUCCGAGCAGGUAGGUGUGAGAAGAAAAUGCAACAGAUUGUUUCAAAUACAGUUUUUUUGGGUUUUUUUGUUUGUUUUUUGAGGAUAAAAUGAUGUCCGUUAAAGUUAUAGAUGUUUUACAGCAACGAUUAUUUAUUUAUUUUUUUAAAUUUGAUUAUUCUGCUUUGUUUUAUUAUCGCAAAUUUCAUAUCGAUAAAUUUGUACUCAUUAAUAAGUUUACAUUUAAUGUGCAAAGAUACGUAAAAAUAAUUGUAUUUAAUGUGUGCAAUACAAAGUUAAUCAAAUUCAGGACACAAUCAUAGGUAAAAUACAGGUCAUAAAGUCAGUGUAGAAUUUGUUACUUUGCGUUAAAGCACAGGAAGGAAGCCUCCAGCUCCCCCGAUGCUCUGCAAGCAUUAUGCCUGUGAGAGCACCAUGGAAAGUGCAGUCCACAACACCCGAGCGCCAAACGCCGCCCACCCCCGCUUCAAACCAUAACCCGGUUAGAAAAUUACAAUUUGUUAAAUAUUGAGCAAAUACUACCUAUGGCAUUUUUAUACUAAAGUGUUCGUUGAGUAGUAUGGUUUCUUUCUUUUUUUUUUUUUUAAAUCAGAGUUUUAUUUGUUUAUGCAGUAUUUAUACAUCCGUGAGAUUCGCAGAUCCCCAGAAAAAAUAAAAAAAGGUUUUUUGUUUUUUUUUGUAAUUCAAUAACAAGUAAAAGGUGUAGUCAAAAGUUAAACACAGGUGAUGUACAUAAUUAUCUGAGCUCGCAGGCCCGCAAUGUUGAAGGACACACAGGUCCCUUGUGGUGCUCCCACUAUUAAGUGUGUAGAAUAUGUUACAAGGAUCAAGAGGGGCUGGGAGGGUUAGUGGUAAGAAUGCAUAUGUGUAUUUUCAAUUUACAACUUUAUUCCUACAUCAAUAGACAUAUUCACAAAUACCGAACACUUCGCAUGAGUCGUAGUGUGUAAUGAGGUCGGUGUUGGAGUUGUCACUACAGACUAGUUCUGUAGGUUUACGCAUAGCACGUGUGGCUUCCGGGAUUUAUCUGAUCGGUGUUUUUGUACUGGGUUCGCAGCUAGAGCUGGUUUGGUGUUCCCCAACUGGUUACUUGUGCGCUCAAUGUUAUUCAUUUUGUGUCGGUUAAACAAAGCUUGGGCUGUCCGUUCGUGAUUAUGGUCUGUGCGUCUUGUGGGAAGUCAAUGAUUAUCCAAUUGGGGUUGGAUGCGUUCCGUAACUCCUAGCUAAGUGUCAGGGCAUGUUUUAUGUUUAAUCCUGCCCAACUGGGGUGCUGUCUGCGUCAGGCCCUCAUCCCUAGUUUCUCCUCUAGUCCUUAUCAGGCGAGUUCGCCUUCGCUUAGUAGGUAGAGGUAUUCUGAUCAAAGCGGCGAGCUAGGUGGUCCUUGCUUUGUUACGUUAUUUAGUUGAUUUGUCUAGCUCUGUGUGUGUAAGUUCAGGGUAUGUGCCUUGCUUCCUUCCGUGUGUGUGUUUUAGGCCUCUUACCGUUUUUGUUCUGCCCAUAUUCAUUUCUCUUGUCUCGUAGUAGGUCUGUCUGUACGUGUGUGUGUGUGUGUGUGUUGCUCCCUGUUCAUUUUUUAGUUGUAUUCAUAGCUGGUUGCUUUUGUUUCCCGUUCGAUGGAGGCAAAUUUCCUAUCCCCUAUCAUCUACGUGUGGGUUGUGCCGUGGUGAGAGGUCCUCCGUGGGCCGCUCACUGCCUCUGUUUCUCUUAUUUUGUUUUCUGCCUGUGGUAUCGAGUUGUGUCAGUGUCGACUUGUGUCGCUUCUAGAUGUUGUGGGUCUGGGUGGUGAUGAUUUAUUUUAUGUAACAGUUCUCUUUUAAAGGAAGACAUUGCACAAAUGUGAUGUAGAACAAUUUUUGUUAUAGUGUGAAAAGCUUCAGUAAGUUACUCUUAUAUGCAGUGUUACAAAUCACUCUCUUUGUGGCAGGUUCUCCUCUGUGCCUCCAAUCAAUGUUCCAGUGUAGCAGAGUGCUGGUCUCUGCGAAAAGAAGGACUUCCCCUAAAUAAUAUCUUUCAGCAGUUGCCCCCAGGUGGUACGUACUCAUGCUAAUUCUCAUUUUCCAUGUUUGUUUGUUUUUUCUUUACCUGUUUUCACAUUUCUGAUGUUUCCUUUAAAUGAUCUUCUAUGAUCUAUGUUCUUUUCCUCUCUUUUAGCGAGUGAUAAGCAGCCAAUGAUCUUGAAGUGGCGCAUUCUCUCAGCUACCAAUGAGCUUGAGCGGGUCUCUGCUGUAGCAUUGCCAAAGCUACCUAUCUCCCUCACUAGUGCAGACAUUAAGAUGGCAAAUGAAACCAAGUUCUAUCCUGGUCUAGGUGAGAUAUGUAACUUUACUGUGCUGCAUCUCUAUUUGUUCCUAUGAAUAUUGAAGAGAAAAUUGUAUAGCUAUGGUUUAUAUUUCCUUAAAGAAACUUCAUACUGUAUAUCCAGAUUCUGUAUUUUUCCAGGUACUAAUUUGUUAUAUUUCAACAGGCUCUUGGGAGCAGUUAUUUUUUGCUAUACUUGCAAACAGAAUAUGGUUGUAAAGCAAAACAACUUGUAAUCAUUUUGAUAAAUUUAGUGACUUCUCACUGGUUCUCCCCUCACCGAGUGUGUUGCAGAUGAAAGGGGUUAAUAGAAUGAGUUCAUGUGAGUCAACUGCUCAGUGUGUUCCUUCCCAUCUUAAAGGAAUACUCUAGCGGCAGAAAUACAAAACUGUUUUCCUAAAGCUAUAGUGUACCCUGCAAUUAACUGUAGGUCCACCGUCCACCGUUUUUUAGGUAUGUGUAAAAUUAGAUGCAAAAUUGUUAUUACAUACACACAAAGUGCUAUUUGUGAUGUAUGCUGGCAGCAUAACCGUAUCUUCAUGCUAAUGGAAUAGUCGUUUAAAACACAGCAAUUGUUGUCCACCUCAUCAGGCACGGUUCACCUGCUACUGCCAUAGAGAGUGUAUAUUUGCAUUUGACUUUAUUGGGAUUUGGAUUCAAAUUCUAAAUAUUUCAUUCACAUCUGUACCUAUGGCAUGCAAGGGAAGAGUAGCGGAUUCAGGCAUGUCAGAGGAGGUGGGCUCUCCUUCUGAGUUUUUUUUUGUUUGUUUUUUUGUCAAUGUAUUUUAAUGGAUGCAUGGUGACAUGUGCUUCGAGUAUACCUUUUAAUAUUCUAAAUUAUUUUUAUUUUUAUUUUCCUGCAGGCCUGGCAUUGGCCUUCCACGAUGGCAAUGUACAUAUUGUACACAGACUGUCUUUGCAGACAAUGGCUGUUCUAUUUGGCUCUUCUAUGCGACCUUCUGAAGAGCCAAGUCUGAAACGUCAGCGUUCACCUACCCCAUGCGUUCACUUCAAGGCUUUGCAAAUGUCGUGGACUUCCCUGGCGUUGGUUGGACUAGACACACAAGGCAAGGUCAGUUGAGUAAAAUUAAUGCUGGCACUACGUUAUAGGACAUUGUAGGACGUGCUUUAAGAAGUGCACAUGGCUAGGACAGAAUAACAUUGUAGCCUAUAGUACCUCUAGGUACCACUUGCUAGUUUAAAAAUACUGUUCUUUUAAAAUACGGUUUUAGAACAUUCUGGGCGCCUGCACAUCCUAAGUGUUGGUUUAUUUAUUUUUUGGGGCUUUUUAUUAACAAUUUUUAUACAUAUUCAGAUCUCUAGUUCUGGUGAAAUAAAUACAAUGUUACUGUUUUCUGAAUCAUAACCCUAAAUAAGUAGAUCUGCAAAAAGUAAUGUGUGCAUCUGUUACAAUGAAUAGAUAAAACCUAUAGACUGUAAGCUUGCUUGAGCAGGGUCCUCUUCAACCUAUCGUUCCUGUAAAUUUGCUAUAUGAAUGACAAUAUUAAUAACUUGUAUUAUGUACAGGAUGUGUAAUUCUGCAAAGGGUACAUUUUAUAGGAUGGAUAUCCUGGUAAAUCACUUGAAUUAUCCAUAACUCCAUAUCUUCACAGCUCAGCAUGUUGCGAGUCUCUCCCUCAAUGGGACACCCUCUGGAUAUGACCACUUCUCUGCGUCAUUUGCUUUUCCUUCUUGAAUAUUGUAUGGUUACUGGAUAUGACUGGUGGGAUAUUCUUCUUCAUGUUCUACCAGGCAUGGUGCACAACCUGGUAGAGAAGCUGCAUGAAGAAUACACCAGACAAAAUGCAGCCCUCCAACAGGUGAGCGAUUUACUUGUGGUAUUUUUGGAACAUGUAAACCCAUAUAGUUAUGGCAAUUAUCAUGUAAGCAUAGAGUAUUUUGCACCAUUUCCAAGUUUCUAAUUUACAUUUACUUUUAGGUCCUCUCCACCAGAAUCUUGGCAAUGAAAGCAUCCCUCUGCAAGCUGUCCCCAAGUACUGUGACUCGAGUGUGUGAUUACCAUGCCAAACUAUUUCUUAUUUCCAUUAGUUGUACUUUGAAAUCCCUGCUACGCCCCCACUUUCUUAACACUCCUGACAAGAGUCCAGGGGAUCGACUCACUGAGAUCUGCAACAAGUUCACAGAUGUUGGUAAGUGUGUUGCUUUUUGUUGUGAUUACCUUUAUCCUAUGUUGAGAAUUGGUAUAAGUGUUGUCUCUUUUCAGAUAUAGACAAAGUGAUGAUUAAUCUGAAGACUGAGGAGUUUGUGCUGGACAUGCCAACUCUUCAAUCCCUGCAACAGUUAAUUCAGUGGCUGGGGGACUUCGUACUGUACUUAUUAGCCAGCCUUCCUAACCAGGUACCUUUCAAUUUACUUUCCUUAUUUGAACCUAACCACUUUACUGAAGGGCCAUUCAAACGAUCAUCCCUGUGUGGGUGGAAUGAUCAUUGCAUUGCUCCACUAGGAUAUGCUUUUGAUCCAAGACUUUUAUUUUUUUUUUUAAACUCCCCCCUACUUCUGCCCUUUUCAAAUGCAGUUUCAGAUCCCUAAUGAUACAUUACACAGUAUGUAGAAAUUCAUUUUAUAGCCCACUAGAAUUAUUUUUAACCUCCACCCUUUAUUUCCCAACAGGGCUCCUCUGUUCGACCUGGGCAUAGUUUCCUUCGUGAUGGAAGUUCUCUCGGUACAUUACGCGAGAUGAUGGUGAUGAUCCGGAUUUGGGGUCUUCUGAAGUCCAGUUGUCUUCCAGUGUACACGGCCACCUCAGAUACACAGGACAGCAUGUCCCUGCUUUUUCGUCUGCUCACUCGCCUUUGGUUGUGCUGUAAGAAAGAACAAACACUUUCAAUGACUAGACCAUUUAAACAUUACCAUCCUUAUCUCAGAUGUGAAUAUAGAUUACCUAAACAACAUUAAAUGCAUUACUUUUUGUACAAAAAUGCAUUCAGAUGGAAAAUUGUAAAGUUGAAAAUAGAGCAUUAAUCUGUGGAAAUAUAUUGGGGGAGGCUUGACAUAUUUUGCUUUAGUAUCUUAUAAUACUAAAAAUGCACAUUGUAAACAAUGAGCAGAUUACACAACAGCUACCUGUUGCUACAAGGAUCAGAAAUGGCCCAUGUUAUACACUCUGGCUUUGGUGUACUCUUCUAAAAAUAAUUGCAAAUAACAUCUCAUCACUUACUUGAACACCGUAGUGUUAGGAAUACAAACAUGUACAUGUUUAGGUAGUUGGUUCCCCUCGGAACGGAGUAAAAAGAUUUUAAAUGUACAUUUUCUCCAUCUCUGUGCUGGUCUCGCGACAACUGACCCCGUCUCCUUGGCUGAUCUAAUCGGUAUUGACGAUCUCAGCCAAUCUAAUCCUUUCCCUUAGAAAAGCAUUGGAAGGCUAUAGCGCAUGUGUGGCAAAAUGCUGCACUGCGCCAGUCAGCAUCUCAUAGAGCUGAAUUGAAUGAAUACAUCUCUUUGAGGAACUUUCAAUGUCUCCAUGCAGAGAGUGGAGACACUGAAUGUAGGUACUGUGCCAUGUGUAGCACUGAAAUAGAAGAAUCUCCAGUGGUGUCUGAGUAACUGCCACUAGAGGUGUUACUAGGCAGGAAUGUAAACACUGCCUUUCCCUCUGAGAUACGGGAAUAAAACAGCCUUCUGAAACGUAUGCAAAGUGAACACUAGUCUUAACCAAGCAUCGUAAAAAUAUAUUUAUGAAAAGUGGUCUGUUCUAAAAAAAAAAAGUCGCAAAAAUUUAAACGGAGGAGUCAGUAAUGGAAAACCUAUCCAUAUGUAUUAAUUUGGCACUAAAAAUACUCUUUCAUCAAAGAAGGGGAAAAAUAUUAAUUGACAGGCAGAAACACAUGCAGCCAUAUGAUCACACAAUAUUGUGCACGCUCAUGAAAUGUGUUGCUGUUCAUAUAAACACAGUUAGUAGUAAAAACAAGUCCUUACAUGGUUUGUGUUUCUUAUUUCUUUUAGUGGAGUAGUGUAUAACUUUGAAUCACAACAUUUGUACAGCAAUUGCCAAAUUAUUUGAGGGGGGUUUAGUUUUGUGUUUGUGUGGUAGAGAAAUUUACAAACUCUUCUGGAUCAACCCAUCAUGAGAAAAAUGAAACUAUCACAUUAAAACUAGAGAGAUUGCUUAUGUGUUAAAAAAAAAAAAAAAUCCAAUUUUUUUUUGUGCGACCACUAAAGAAGAUAGACUUUGUUUAUUUUUUCAUUGUUUAUAGCCAUCAUUUCCUCAGACUAAAAUGUAAAAGACCUGAGGUCUGGCAGCUGACUCAGAAGUUCCUGCACUUGGCUAAGCCCAAUCGUUCUGGGCUUUGCUAAUUGGCUGAGAUCAUUUAGCUGAUGCAGUCAGGCAGUGAGCCAUCACUGCACUGCAAGACUUAGCUCAGGGGUAGGUGAAUAGCAGACCCUGGCUAAAUUGCCAACCACUUACUCUGGGAGGGCACCAGGACACUUCUAGCACCAUAAUCACUACAGCAGGUGGCAGUGGUUAUGUUGCUUGGAGUGCAUCUUUAAAACUUUGUAUGGUGCAUGUAGAAGCAGAAAGAGGUUUAUUUACUAAUCUGAAUUAUAGUAAAUUGAAAAUCAAGUAGUAUUACAUAGCUAUUCUAUAGCUAGGCUGAUUUUUCCAAAUCAGCACUUUUUGUCUAAAUUUUGCAAUUUGAAUUUUCAAUUCACUACAGUUCUCGUUAUUAGUAAAUCACAAAUGUCAUUGUUUCAGUUCUGGUGGAUGUGAAGUGUUGUACUGAUUAUUUAUUUAUUGAUGUUGCCCAUUUAGCUCGGGAUGAGUCUCACCCAUGUGAACCCGAUGAAGCACUGAUUGAUGAGUGCUGUCUGCUCCCUAGCCAACUCCUCAUACCCAGUAUGGACUGGCUGCCCCUCGGGAAUGGAGUUAUUAGCCGGCUACAAAGCAAGCUUCCCCUACGAUUACAGUUUGGGAGACCUCCUGGAGUAGCCAGUCAUGCCUCUAUUCAGUACGAUGCCUACACACGGUAAAAUAGUAAUCUGUAUAGAAAUGUAUAUAAUGAGUGUUAUUCUGGAAUUCAUUCCUUCACUUAUUGCAGUUUUAUAUAGCUAAGCAUGUAUGUGUGUCUUUCCUUUUUUUUUUUCUCUUAGGUCACCAACACAGGCAAAGAUUGACCAUUUGAGAAGACUCCACUUGGGGACUUUCCCAACAGAAGCAUGCAAAUCUUGCACCAGGUGAGGCUGAUGUUCAGGGUGGUACACAUAGUAUCUAUGUGAAGGAGAUCAUAAAGACAGGAAUCAAAUGGUAGUGCAUAAGUUACACAUGAAUGAAGGAAUAUUUCUUUUAGGCAUUUGCCAGUGCUCUUGGCACCAUAACCACUAUACCACUGUAGUGAUUAUGAUUCUUUGAGUGUUGGGGAUUACAAUUUGGGAUAUUGAUUCAGAUCUUUAGGAGUGCAUGAGUAUUAGAUUAGGAAUAGUUACUGCACUGGACAUGACAAGUGGGUACAGCAUAUUAGGUUGGCAUCUACUUUCAGAAGGAAGAGCGAAACAAAUUUACUUUAAAGGUACUCUAGUCACCAGAACAACUACAGUUUAAUGUAGUUGUUCUGGUGAGGAUAGUUAGGCCCUGCAGACUUUUUAAUGUAAACACUGCCUUUUCAGAGAACUCUUCAGACAGCCACUAGACGUGCUUCGUGGGUUACUGCUGCACAGUGUGCAGCACUGCUGUUCAGUGUCUGCACACUCUGAUUUAAUGCAUCUCUAUGAGGAGAUGUUGAUUGGCUAGGGUGGUGUUUUGGCCCUGACUUACCUCGUUGGCUGAGAUUAUCAGAAUUAACGAUCGCAGUUAAUUCAAUGCUUUCCUAUGGAAAAGUAUUGUGAUUGGCUGAGAUCAUCAAUUCUAAUAAUGUCCAGCUAAGAGGCAGGGUUUGACAAAAGAUUUGAGUGGAAACAUAGUACAUCACAUGUUAUUCAUAUAUGAAAUUUAACUUUGUUUAAUGAGUUGGAGGGUUCCUCAGCAUAGGAGACAGUUUGUCGAGUUUCAGUAUCUCAGGAUAGCGGUGCAAUUACCUCACGUGUUGUGAGGCAGGUAUCGUGGGGGGUGAUAAAGCUAGAAGCUGGGGAUUCCAUCUCCCUUCCUUUGGUGUUACAAGCCCAGGGGUCUACAUGUGUUUUAACACUAUAGGGUCAGGAAUACACAUUUGUGUUCCUGACCCUAUAGUGUUCUUUUACAUACAAAUGUAUAGUCUGGAUCAAGCAUGUCAAACUCAAAGCUAACACAGGCCAAAUAAACAAGGUUUAACCCCUUACGCCCUCCGAUCUUUCUAUACUUACCCGGUCGCCGGCGAUCCCACGCCGGCGAUCGCAGUUGGGGGGACUCCCAGGGAGCCCCCCCGCGGCACGUCCGACCCCCUGGCAGCCCCCCCGGCCAUGUGAGAGUGAGGUCCUCUCAUGUACAGGUUUUAUGGUGUUUUCAAAAGUUACAGCGUCAAAUAUAAGGCUUGUGUUUCAUUUUUUUCACAUUCAAAUUCGCCAGAUUGGUUACGUUGCCUUUGAGACCCUAUGGUAGCCCAAGAAUGAAAAUUACCCCCAUGAUGGCAUAGUGUUUGUGACCAAAUGGCUACUAAAAAAGACUGGACAUUUGCAAUACCUUGGGUUGUCUACUAUUGUAAAUGAUAUGCCAUUAUGGUUGUAAAUUUCUUUCCUGGGCUACUAUAAAGUCCCAAAGGCAACGUAACCAAUCUGGCGAAUUUCAAUUUAAAACGUAAAGUGCUAUAUUUGACCCUGUAAUUUCCCAAAACGCCAUAAAACAUGUGCAUAGGGGGUACUGUUUUACAUGUGAGACUUUGCUGAAUACAAAUAUGUGUAUUUUAUUGCAGUAAAAGCAAACAGUAUUAUGACAUUGACCGUUAAAAUGUCAUGUAGAACUAAAAAAAUAAAAAUAAAAAUCGUAUUUUCUCCCAUUUUUUUAUAUUAAAUUAUGUUUCAUAGCUAAAUAUUUGAUAUUAAAUGAAAGCCCUGUUUCCCCUGAAUAAAAUUAUAUAUAAUAAGGGUGGGUGCAUUUACUAUGAAAGAGGUGAAUUACGGUUGGACAGACUGUAGCGCAAAUGCCAGGUUUUGUUUACGUUUUGUUUUGUUCACAACGUGUACAUUUGGCUCCGUCCUUAAGGGGUUAAGUUGAUGAGUGUGCAAAAAAACAAACUUCAGUUUUCAUAGAAACAUAGGUUUAUUUAGAAAAAUACAGUAUAAAAAUGUUGCCUAACUGACACUGGACAUCCUCACACUUAAAGGGAUUCAAAGUAAACAAAAGAGCAAAUUUAUGUUAAGGAGAUGUGCAUAUAAACAAUGUUUCAAACCAAAUACCUUGACAUAAUAAGAAAAGUUUGGUAAUGGGACUGAAAUAGUGAAUGUAUGCUGUUCCACAGCUGUAAAAAACAAAUGAUGUUAUCUUGUUGAUUUUUAAGUCCUUUAAGUGUGUUCUAUACUUUGGCUGAGAUCAUUAAACUUGAUGAUCUCAUCCAAUCCAAUUCUUUCCAUGGAAAAAGCUGCACAGCCAAUCAGCAUCUCCAUGGGGACUUUUCAGUGCCUCCAUGCAGACCCAAUCUAAUAUACUACCUACAAAUCCAAUACACUGCCCCCUCUACCUAAUCUUGUACAUUGCCCCUCCUCCCUCCACUCUAAUGUAAUACACUGCCCUCCCCCCAAUGUAAUAGUGACCUCACCCCAAUUUAACACACUACCCCUCCACCAUACUAAUACACUGCCCCACUCCCUCCCCCAAUUUAAUACACUGGCCCACUCUCAUCCCCCAAUUUAAUACACUGCCUCACUCCCUCAAAUUAAUACACUGCCCCCCUCCCCAAUUUAGCACAUUACACAGGAAGGUCCCCCAAGCCCUUCUUCCCCUACCUUUAGAUGAGCCGCCCGUCUACCAGUUCCAGCCCUGCACUGCGAGCAGGAGGGAAGGGUAGUGGCUGGCCUGCGGGAGCACGCGAUUCGGCGUGGGAGAGAAAAUAAGAAUCAGACUGGAAAUAUAUUUCCUGUCUUACAGUCGAUCGCAGCCAAAACACAAAGUGGCCCCAGGGCAGGUGGACUGCAAAAAUAUCCAUUGUGGGCCGCAAGGUUGACAUGCGUCAUCUAGAUUGUAGUAAAUUCUAAUGUAAUUAGAGAGCAAUCUGUUGCAGGGCUGCUGUAAGGAAGCCUGGGGGGUGUGUGCCAGGAUGAGGAUCUUGUGGUCUGCACUGAGCACAGUAUUUACUCCCUUGCGGUCUGGAGCUCAGUUAUGUGUCUAAACUCAGGUGCUGUAUUUCCAGGGUGCACACUAACAUUAGUGAGCACCAGAGCACGAGCGAGCAAGUACUGUGGCCUGCACCUGGUGGAAGUUCAAAACUCAAGCUCCCGCACUAGACCACGUGUGACUUUUAUUCCACCCAUGGACCAUGAACCACAGUGAAGGCUAAGGGAGCACAACAAAAUACACACAAAGACUCUCUCUCUUUUGCUUGGACAAGUAGAUUUUUUUUUUUUUUUAUAUUCACAGCAUUGUACACUAAACUGACAUUUUCAACCAUAGUCCUGACUUUCUCCAUCUUUUUGUUAUAACUCUUUUUAGAUGUGGGUGCGUCACUAUGUUGAAAUCGCCAAAUAAGGCCACUGCAGUAAAACAAUGGGAACAGCGGUGGAUAAAAACUUGUCUCUGCGGUGGACUGUGGAGAAAGUUGCCCAUAACUUACUCUUGACCUUCAUCCAUUAGACUGACCAUGUCCCAUUACCAUCUUUGACACUUAUCGAGUCCAUAAAAUUUAAAGCACUGCAAUGUCCUUCAUUUAUGCUUUAGAAAUAGCGGUUGCUCUAUGGACACAUUUGCAAAAUGUCUCCGUCAAACAAUGCAAAGUAUAAGAUGGAGCCCGAGAUGUAACUAUAUCGUACCGUCUCUCAAGCUAUAUUGUGCCCUCCAAGAAACCUUGAUUGCAGAGCAUGUUUUACAAAAGAAACCAUUUCUACAUCACCUUCAUAGAUUCUAUUUCCAUGGAGACAAAACUCUUUUGAAAAAGAAGCAAACUAUUUGUACAAAGAACAUCAAUCUUUUAGUCCUAAAAAAACCCCCAACAAACAGAUUUAGCCUACAGAGUAACUGAACUUCAAUGAAAACCUGUAAAUAGGUAAAGCUUUGAUUUAUAGCCUUCAGUCUUACAAAGGCUAUAAAAAAAAUCCCCACCAUGUACAGCUUAUCAUCCUGUUUUGCAAAUUGCUUUUAAUGUAUAUUGAAAAUGCUUAAGAAUAUACUGACUUUCAUGCUAUUGCUAUUUACAUCAAAUCUGCAGUACAUUGUUGCCCUUUUUGUUUAUUUAGAGACAAAUUGAAUAUAUUGAUUGAGUGAAGCUUUAUGGGUUUGUGUUCAUAACUGUUAAUGUACCCAUGAUACACUUCCUACAGAUGUUGGUGAUAAGAGUUUUUUGUGACAAUUUUAUUUACAAAGUUUUUCAAUACUCACUUGAUCACCAUUUUAUCCCAAUCCUGUUAAUUAUUUGGAGACCUACAGCGGUAAAAUCUGUAGGUCUCCAAAUAAUUAACAGGAUUGGGAUAAAAUGGUGAUCAAGUUUUGUAUAUAUAUUUUGUGUAUAUAUAUAUAUAUAUAUAUAUAUAACAGGCACAUCCAAACACCUGGGCAUGGAUAGAAAAAAAAAUGCAUCCCAUAUAAACUAAAUAUUAGACUAACAUGAAAAGUUGUAAAAAGAAUAAAAAGAACACUUUUAGUCUGAUCAUCUUUCUACAGCGGUAAAAUCUGUAGAAAGAUGAUCAGACUAAAAGUGUUCAGUUUAAAAGGCUUAUGCUUUGUCCCAUUUUGGAAGCAGCAGAUAAUUUAAAAUCGCUUACUAUGUACAUAUAAUUUUGUAGGGAUUACAGUUUCUGAUUACAGAGGUAACUGCUGUUUAAAUGUCAAUUUAAACCUAUUUUAAAUAAAUGUUCCACAGUGAUCACAAAAGAAAAGAACACAUUCCAAUGCCUUUUCACCAAAGCUAAUAGAUAGGUUUAAUGUUCUGUCCCAUUUAUGGAACUCUGAGAUCCUGUUGAAAACAUAAUUCCACACAAAUUCCCAUUAAUCUCCUUCUAAUGGAAAUGAAAUAAGGUCUAAAAGUGUAUAAAUUAUUUGCAGAUUUUGAAGAUUGUUAGGUAGAGAGCUGCUAAAUUAUAACACUUCAAAUUCACCUGUCACGACAAAAGAUAGCAUUGUGCCAUUUUGUAGGCAGUAAUAUUCCAUCUGUAUAGUUAGUUUAAAUGAUCAAUUUUUAAAUAGUUUUUCUUUUGUUGACUCUUCCCCUCCCUAUUUCAGAGGAAGCUAACUAUGUCCCCAACAUUGACUUUGUAAUGCAUUCUACAGUUCUAUGAACUCCUCCAUAAUUUGUCACAUAAUAUGUAGUAUUGAAAAUUCUGCAAAACACCAAACUUAAACUUUUCCCAUUGUGUAAUGCUAUUUUCAUUUCUGUGUGGAAAACAGAGCUGCUGCAGUAAACCAUUACUAUGGACAUUUACCUCCAGGGGCAUGAUGAAUAUGAUGUACCAGUAUCUUUACCAAUGGUUUUUUACCAAAGUCAGGUGUUUAUAUUUUUUUUAUUUUAAACUAACUUUUCGAGCUUUGAAGUUGGUGUUUAGUGCGUUG